UCCUCCUCAGAGGAGGGACCAUUCUAACUUUCAAUUUCGGUUUAACGCCACGAAAAGUAAAAUGGAGUCCGUUUGACUGUAGAGCUGAUUUAUUACUGAGAAAACACGGACAAUAAAAAAACAUAUCUAAGUAAACAUUUUCUAUCCGGGUGUCCUCCUGCGCGUCUCAGCCGGAUCGUCGCUGCCAUGUUGGGAGAAGCGGAGCCGCAAUGGUUGUCAGAGGAGGUGAAAACAGGGACGACCAUUAUUGCCAUAGAGUUUAAUGGUGGAGUCGUGCUGGGGUCUGAUUCCAGAGUGUCUGCAGGAGCAUCAGUGGUCAACAGGGUGAUGAACAAACUGUCUCCACUCCAUGAUAAGAUCUACUGCGCUCUGUCAGGAUCUGCAGCAGAUGCUCAGACCAUCGCUGAGAUGGUCAACUACCAGCUGGAUGUCCACAGCACUGAAAUAGAUGAGGACCCUCAGGUUUGCUCUGCUGCCACUCUGGUGAGGAACAUCUCCUAUAAAUACAAGGAGGAGCUGUCGGCACAUCUGAUUGUAGCCGGCUGGGACAGACGAGGAGGAGGACAGGUGUUUGCUACUCUGAACGGCCUCCUGACCAGGCAGCCGUUUGCUGUUGGAGGUUCUGGCAGCUUCUAUGUUUAUGGCUUUGUUGAUGCUGAGUAUCGGAAGGGGAUGUCUAAAGAGGAGUGUCAGCGGUUUGUGGUCAAUACUCUGUCGUUGGCGAUGAGCCGUGACGGCUCCAGCGGAGGCGUGGCCUACUUGGUCACCAUCGAUGAACACAGCACAGAGGAGAAAGUCAUCCUGGGAAAUGACCUUCCCACUUUCUUUGAUCAGUGACUAGUUUUUACCUUCACUGGAUCAUUUAGUUUUUAUGCACAGCAGUCCACCAAUUCAAGCUUUUGAAAUAUAAACGGAACAAAUCAAACAUUCAUUCUAAUAAAAUGGAAAAAACAAAAA